AACCAGAAGUCUAGCACAGCGCACUGACUCGCCGGCUGACAAAAGCACUGACGUGCCCAUGUGCCUGUCAACAAAGAAAACCAAAACAAAGUAGCGCUCUCUAUCCCAACGCCCAACUGUCUUUGCUGGGCUGUUGACUCUUAGCCUAGCAUUCACUCCUCGACCAUGAGGUCCCUACGUUUUAUUGCAGCGGAGAGCUUCGUGUGCAGCGGCCCAAACGCUCAUGAGAACAUCAGCUGCCUCUCCCACAACUUGUACCCCCUGCUCUUCAAAGCCGCCUACCUGCGAGAGGAGGCCGCGUUUCUCCACGACCUUGUCCAGACCUGGCCUCUUCCGCAACUAAACCUCAAGCGGUUGCUAGAACUUACAAGUGACUGUACAGAAGACCUCACCUCACGGACCUGUCGUAUAUGCCUUGAGGCGGUCCUCACGGGUCUUCGGGACUACGUAUUGAGCCCACAAACCACUUACGUUAAAUCUCUGCGACUUGUCGACUUGACGGGUUUACAGGACCUGGAGCAGCAACCGUGCAAAUGUGGGAAAACACUAGGCCGAUGGGCGCGUACAGAGCUUCUGACCCGAAUGUGUUAUGAGGUUAUGGUGGCUAUGCAAGCCGGUAAUUCAGCUCCGUCAGCAUUCGACACAGAGAUAGACGUGCGCGUGGAGGCGUUCGUCACUGGCCGCAGUUUUGAAGUGGUGUCGCAAGCGCUAAUUCUGCGGAAUCACUGUCCACUGAGAUUCCACUGCGUCUCCCUACGCGCCGACUCACUCUCCGUCAGGAAUCUGGUUUAUUUCGUGCGGCUCGCCGAGCCCGAAGCGCUUGAGAAGUUGGAGGUGGUCCACAACGUGCAUCUUGAGGCUCCGCACCUGGAGGUCAUCCUCUCUAAAAUGGACUUUAAAGAACUGCGAUCCCUCACGCUCCCCGCUCGAGCUUUGGACGUAAGGCGCCUCGGACCCGAGGACAUGGACUUGUUCGGGGUCCUGGGAGAUUUGUUGAGUAAGCUGAAACACCUGAGGGAACUAUACCUGGGCUUCUCAACUUUAACAGGACACCUUCGAAGACUACUCAGCCCUUUGAACACACCUCUCCAGUGUUUAGAGCUUGCUAACUGCUCUUUAAACGGAAUUGAUAUGGCCUACCUGGCAAACAGCCUCCACAGUGAGCACUUGGUUCGCCUGGACCUGAGUGGGCAUGUGGUGGGCGAUCUCUUCCCGAACACCUUUCGGAAACUCCUCCAUCGCUGUGCCGACACGCUGUGCAGCCUUGGUCUGGAGGACUGUGGUUUGGAAGACGAGCACCUGGAGCUGCUCCUGGGGGCUCUGACUCCUUGUAACCACCUGCAGGAGCUCAAGAUACUGGGCAACCCGCUGACCUGGGCUGCCCUUCGGAGGAUUUUCAACAUGCUCGCCCAACACUACCAUGCCCUCAGGUACAUAGAGCUCCCAGUGCCACGAGAUUGUUAUUCUGAAAACGUCACCUAUCCUCUAGACGACGGCGCACUGCUGCAGUACGACCGCGAGAAGUUCCGUGAGGCCCGGGCCGAGCUGGUGGGCAUCCUGGAGCAGGCGGGGAAGGGCCACGUGGAGGUGUGCUCCCCGCUUUUAGGCGUGUACGACGCCGACAUCAACGAGACGUCCAACGAGCUCGGGGUGUUCAUGGUGAAUUCUUUCAAAGACGUAGUGGGCAAUUUCAUCGGCACAGUCCAAGACGAGGUGGAUGCGAGGAGGGAGCGCAGGAUGACAGAGUAAAUUUGGUGGAAGAGAGGAGGGUGGAUGGGGUGUCAACUGACAAGAGAUAUGUGGGGAUGGAGUGAAUUUGGAAAGGUGAAGAAAAGCACUUGGAUAGAGGGCAGAUCCAAAAAGAAUGGUAUUCCUGAGAAAAGACCAGAUUAAUAAGCGUGCAAACAGAUACAUGCACUGCAACAAAUGAGCAGAUGGAGGGGGAAAAGGGCAUAGACUUUUACAAGACCAAGAUGGAGCAAUAAAAUGAACUGAGAGCUUUUGGUUCUGUGUGGCUACAACCUGCUGAGGAAGUGUAUGCAGAAUAGGUGGACCAUCGUCAAUGUUACGUAGCUGCAAGACUUUAAGAAUGAAGAUGCAAUUGCAGUUAAUUGACAGGGUGCAGAAUUAAAGCAUCCAAAAUGUUCAAUAAUUGUAGAUGGAAAAUGUAGAUAGAUUUUGAAAUUGUCUCAAAUCUUGAGAAACUACAGGUCACAACAGCAAUGUAUCCUUUUGUAUUUGAAAUCAAUAUUUUAAGAUAUGUUAUUGCUUUGGAUUUUUUUCAUAUCUUUGUAAAUGUAAAUGUUUUGGAUUAUGAUGCUAACUCAGAAUAAAAUUGUUCAGCGUG